AAUAUAAUAGGGGAUUAACAUGUAUCAUAAUUUUAGGAACCAAACUCCAUCGGAGUGCGGUGUGUAUCUGUGCAUUUGUCAGACCCAAUGUAUGUUACACGGACAGGCAGCUGCCUGCACAGAAGCCUGUGGUCUUUUCCUGACACCCCAGUGGAAGUCCUUGUGGAUCUCCUAACAAAAGCCAAGGAGAUAGCCGCAGCGAGUGGCAAUGUGCCAGAGGAGUUGAAAAGCCAUUUGCAGAAGGCUCUGGACAUAGCCAGCGGCCUGGAUGACUACCUGGAGAAAAUGACCACACAGGAAAGUGAACCUCUGGCAGAGCUAUAUAAAAAAACAAUUUCCCAUGACUGGGAUCAAGUGCACAAGGAUGGCAAAACUAUGUUCCGGCUCCCCAAAGAGUGCAUCACUGGACAUGUUGAAGGCCAGACCCUGAAGAUGCUGAUCCACAUGAGUCAAGCAAAGAGGGUUCUAGAGAUUGGGAUGUUCACUGGCUACGGUGCACUAUCCAUGGCUGAAGGGCUUCCUGAAGACGGCUGCUUGGUUGCCUGCGAGCUAGAGCCAUACCUCAAAGACUUUGCGCAACCCAUUUUUGACAAGUCUCCACAUGGGAAGAAGAUUACGGUUAAGACUGGAUCCGCAAUGGACAGCCUAAAGGAAUUGGCUGCUGCAGGGGAGCAGUUUGACAUGGUCUUCAUUGAUGCUGACAAAGACAAUUACAUCAACUACUACAACUUUAUUCUGGACAACAGUCUGCUGAGAUUGCGAGGGGUCAUAUGUGUGGAUAACUCGCUGUUCAAAGCCAAGGUUUAUCUUGAAGACACCACAGAUAGCAACGGACUGGCGCUCCGAAAAUUCAACCAAUUUGUCUGUAACGAUCCACGUGUGGAGCAGGUCAUCAUCCCUCUUAGAGAUGGCAUCAGUGUUAUCCGCCGGGUAUCUGUGGAGUCUGAGUGCUCUAGGACACAGAGUAAAAUAACGGACGACAAAGUUUUCCGUGGGGUCAAGGGGCGCCCCAUCCUCGAUCGGAUGCGUCUCGAUGGAAAGGUGGCCUACGUGACGGGUGCUGGGCAGGGCAUAGGCCGAGCCUUUGCUCAUGCUCUGGGUGAGGCCGGUGCGAAGGUGGCCGUGGUAGACCUGGACCAAUUGAAAGCUGAGGCAGUGGCUGAAGAGCUCUUCCUUAAAGGCAUCAAUGCCAUUACGAUCACAGCUGACAUUAGCAAAUCAGAUGAUGUCCAGAGGAUGAUUGACAACAUUAUCUCCAAAUGGGGGGCGAUCCACAUCGCCUGCAACAAUGCCGGCAUCAACAUGAACUCGGCCAGUGAAGACACCAGUCUAGAGGAGUGGGACCAAACCUUUAACGUCAACCUGAGGGGGACUUUCAUGUGCUGUCAGGCUGCAGGUCGAGUGAUGUUGAAGCAAGGAUACGGCAAGAUUAUCAACACAGCCUCCAUGGCCAGUCUAAUAGUCCCCCAUCCCCAGAAGCAGCUCUCCUACAACACUUCCAAGGCUGGAGUGGUCAAACUGACUCAGACUCUGGGCACUGAAUGGAUUGACAGAGGAGUGUGUGUCAACUGCAUCUCACCGGGGAUUGUUGACACCCCUCUCAUCCACUCGGAGAGUCUGAGGCCUCUGGUGCAGCGCUGGCUGUCAGACAUCCCUGCUGGUAGACUGGCUCAAGUGACAGACCUGCAAGCUGCAGUGGUCUACUUGGCAUGUGACGCCUCCGACUACAUGACAGGGCAUAACUUAGUCAUAGAGGGUGGGCAAAGUCUGUGGUAGAUGAAGAGAUGAAAACUUAUUUUUUUCCUCUUCACUCUCCUGGGAUUUUUAUCUGAAAUGGGUGGUAUUCACACAAUCUCCAUUUGACACAUUCCCAGUAUUAGUUAAAAUCUUACUCAAUGUUUCCCUUUUGGUGAUUUUGUUUUUUUAGCGUGAUGAGGAAACUUGCAGCUUUUUGUCCUCUGUGUCCCCUGAAUAGGUUCAGUUUGAUGUCACGUGUGUUAUGACUGUGGCACACACUUUUUAGUGGAUGAAAAACAGUGUAUCAUGUUAUGUUAAAUACUAAAAAGAGGUUUAACAGCUGCCAGUCUUCUUGUCACACAAUAUGUGCUAACAUGCCUGAGAAAAGCUUUGUGAAGUGAAGAAAGAAAAGGAAAACUGUUGCUGUGCCUUCAAACACGUCUCAAUUUCUGCUGUAUUUUCUCUAGACAUUAUUUUAUACAUCAAAUGCUGUUCAAACUCAACAAUAAAUGUGACUGUUAGCGUUGUCUUAAAUACCUCUGAAAGAAACUUUAAAUUGUAUUUGUUGCAAUAAAGGUUUAUUUUAUAUCACGGUGUCAUACAAAUGCAGUUCAAAGUGCUUUACAGGAUAAUUAAAGACAUGGCAGUUUUGUAUUGUGAUAAACAAAGGGUGGUGAAAGUACAUGAACUGUAUGUGUGAUUUUCAAACAACCAAAUAAAUGGGCAUGUG